UUUAAUUAUAUUAUUUGUGGGAAGAAAGAUGUCAAAGCCACUUAUUGUAGAAGUCCAAGACAGCCAAACCCUUUUGUGGUUUACAGCUACCAUUAUCGAUAUUCAAGACUCAAAGCUUGUUAUCAAAUACGCAGAUCCUUUAUUCAACGGUCAGGAAGAAACAGUAGAAGAGAGAAGAGUCAGAUGGAGCACAGUCCAAUGCACCCAAGAAGAUUUUGAGUUUGAAGAAGACUCUUAUGUAGAGGUCAGACAUAGCUCUUCGGAAGGAGAACCCCUUGGAUGGUGACUAGCAAGGAUUGUUCAUAAGAGAGGUGAUUUUUACUUUGUGCAUUAUGAAAAUUAUGAGAAUGUUUAUGAUGAGAUUGUCAUGGGGGACCAGAUCAGGCCUGUUAAUGAUAAGGGGACUGUUGAAAUUGAGAACUUGAAGAGAAGCUCAACUAAAGUUCCAAGUGCCGUCUUUUCUUGGGCCCAAACUGAUGAUUGUGUUGAAAAACUUGAAAAUGUUAUCUCGAGAACUGGAAUUUACAAUGCCUCCUUUAGACCUGAAGAGAAAGAGAUUGUUCUUAUUGGAGAGAAGAAGCCUGUAGACAGAGCUGAAAUCCUUGUUUCUUUCAUUAUUGAGCAUCAAAAAGAUUUAGCUCAGAUUGAUAAUGACAACGAGAAAAUUCUUAAGAAUAUUGAGACUAAAAAAUCAAAGAUUAAGAGUCAAGCAGUAGAAGAAGUUCUAGUGCCAAAAGAACUUCUCGGUAUCAUUAUUGGAAAGUCUGGAGCAAACUUGAACUUUAUUAAACAAGAAUACAACGUAAACAUCCAGAUCAUUGAAGCAAAUUCUGAGGAAGCCCAUAGCUACACCGACACAGUAAUCCCUGAGAAUAAAGCUCUGGUUAGAAUCUUUGGAAGUAACCAGAGUUGGGUGAAGGAAGCUAAGGCCUACAUCUGUAUCAACAGAAACACUUACCCAAUCGAGAAGGAUAAGAUAGACUACAUCAGAGGAUACAAAAAUUCAAUUCUCAAUGACAUGAAAGAAAAGUCUGGAUGUGUCAAGAUCUUUGUCCACGAGCCAAAAGGAGGAAGCAAUGAAGGCAUGAUUGAAGUAAUUGGAAACGAAGAGUCUCUUGAGAAUCUUAGAUUAUUGAUGGAGACACAGAUGGAGUAUUUCGAGACUUACAAGCGCAAGGAGAAUGAGAAUAUUGAACUCAGAACUCAAGAGAACAAGUACAAUUCCUAUGGAGAUAACUUCUUUACUAACGAAGACCAUAAGGGAAAUAGCAAUAACCAUAGAAGAAGAAAUAAGAGAGGAAAGAAUCAAAACUAA